AUGAUUUCGGGCUUCAACGAGGAAAUCCGACCGAGGCUUCCUCACACUCCUCGCGUACGACUGCCAGUAGAUACCAUACCAGAUCGACCCAUACUCGUGUACGAAUACCUAGAUAAAGACCUCAUAAAUCAGGUUCAAGGUCAGGCAUCGCUACGAGCUCGAAAAGAAAUUCUCAAAGCCAUCUUGGAAGGUAUUGCGGAUUUGCACGACCGCGACAUUGUCCAUUUAGGAAAGUAUCAGGUGAUCUAA